CAUGAGCUCAAGCACAGAUGAGAUGAACCAGGAAAUAGAAUGGCUGUGAAGUCCAUACACAUAAAUACUCGUGUACCUACCACCACUGCGAGCGAGAACAGUCAGCCAUGGACACGGCCGCCUUGCUCCCGGUGGCGCUGGCCUUCCUGGCCAUCCCCGUCACUGCGCUCCUCCUCAACCGGCUCCGCUUCGGCAAGCUGCCCCCGGGGCCGCGCCCGUGGCCGGUGCUGGGCAACCUCUUCCAAAUCCAGCCCGUGCGGUGCCGGUGCUUCGCCGACUGGGCGGGCCGGUACGGGCCCAUCAUGACGGUGUGGUUCGGCUCGUCGCCAACGGUGGUGGUGUCGACGCCGGAGCUGGCGCAGGAGGUGCUCAAGACCCACGACCAGCAUCUGGCCGACCGCUCGCGGAACCGCUCCUCGGAGCGCUUCAGCCGCGGCGGCAUGGACCUCAUCUGGGCCGACUACGGCCCGCACUACAUCAAGGUGCGCAAGCUCUGCAACCUCGAGCUCUUCACGCCGCGCCGGCUCGAGGCGCUCCGCCCCGUCCGCGAGGACGAGGUCACCGCCAUGGUCGAGUCCGUGCACAGGGCCGGCAAGGGAGGCAAGCCGCUGGCUGUGCGGGAGUUCCUGGCCAUGGUCGGAUUCAACAACAUCACGCGGCUCGCCUUCGGGAAGCGGUUCCUGACAGCGCAGGGCGAGCUGGACGAGCAAGGACGCGAGUUCAAGGAGAUCGUCAAUAACGGGAUCAAGAUCGGCGCGUCGCUGUCCAUCGCCGAGCACAUCCGGUGGCUCCGGUGGCUCACGCCGGUCGACGAGGUGGCCUAUCAAGCCCACGGCGACAGGCGCGACCGGCUCACCGUCAAGAUCAUGGAGGAGCACGCCAGGGCCUUUGAGCGGAGCGGCACCAGCAAGCAGCAUUUCGUCGACGCGCUCUUCACGCUCCGGGACAAGUACGACCUCAGCGACGACACCGUCAUUGGCCUCCUCUGGGACAUGAUCACCGCCGGCACGGACACGACGGUGAUAACCGUGGAGUGGGCGGUAGCGGAGCUGGUGAGGAACCCCAGGGUGCAGCACAAGGUGCAGGAGGAGCUGGACCGGGUGGUCGGCCGCGACCGGGUGCUGUCGGAGACGGACUUCCCGAGCCUGCCGUACCUGCAGGCCGUCGUGAAGGAGUCGCUCCGGCUGCACCCGCCGACGCCGCUGAUGCUCCCGCACAAGGCCAGCGCCGCCGUGAAGGUCGCCGGCUACGACAUCCCCAAGGGAGCCAGCGUCACGGUGAACGUGUGGGCGAUCGCGCGCGACCCCAAGGCGUGGGACGCCCCGCUCGAGUUCAGGCCCGAGCGCUUCCUCCACGACAACAUCGACAUCAAGGGCUGCGACUACCGCGUGCUGCCGUUCGGCGCCGGCCGCCGGGUGUGCCCCGGCGCGCAGCUGGGGAUCAACCUCGUGGCGUCCAUGAUCGGCCACCUCCUGCACCACUUCACCUGGGCGCUGCCGGACGGGGCCCGGACGGAGGACCUCGACAUGAUGGAGUCCCCCGGGCUAAUCACAUUCAUGCGCACGCCGCUGCAAGUCGUCGCCACGCCGCGCCUCGAAAAGGAGGAGCUCUACAAGCGGGUGCCUGUCGACAUGUGAUGUGAGCGAAGCGUCUCGGCGGAUGGUUCAAAGCUCAGGCUUCAAAUUAAAGUGCAUUGUGUCGA